AUGAACGAUCCAGCAGGCGACGUUUCCGCAAAAGAGAUUUCACACAUCCCUGCUCCAGGCGAUCAGUGCGACUUAUGCGAAGCCGGCGACAUUCGCGAGCUGUGCGACGCCGUUCUCCCACCGGCGACAGCAGGGUGUGAGGGUACAGCGACAGGAGCGGAAUCCGAGCAGAGAGUGGGUGAUGGGGAUAGGUGGGGAGAAUGCGGUGAGGCGGAAGAAGCGCGCGCACAGCGGGGGAGGAACCCCACCCCCGAGGCGGUCGACGUUGCAGCAGGAAUGAGCCCCGGCGAAGUCUUUGCGCGGACUCUGAAGCUAGAGGCGGAAGAAGCGUGCGCGCAGCGGCGGCGGAGCCCCACCCCCGAGGGAGUCUCCGCGCGGACUCCGAAGCUAGAGGCGGAAGAAGCGUGCGCGCAGCGGAGGCGGAGCCCCACCCCCGAGGCGAUCGAUAUGAUGAGCCUGCUGCAGGGGCUCAGCGACGGGGAGGAGGAGGCGGAGGAGGGAGCGGAGGCGGACGGGGAGGGGGAGGAAGACGCUGAGGGUGGAAGAGAAGCGGAGGGGGAGAGGGAGGAGGCGGGAGAAGAGGCGGAUGGGGAGGAGGGUGAGGGGGAAGAACGCGACAGGCAAGGGGGUGAGGUGGGAGAGGAAACAGACGAGGAGGAGGGUGAGGCGGGCGGAGUGGUGGACUGGCAGGGGGACGGCGAAAAGGAGGGGGAAGAGCGAGCAGCCGUGCGGCAGCAGCAGGGGCAUGGAGGGAGUGAAGCAGACCAGUCCCACUUGCCGCCCCUGCUGUCCCCACAUUCUCCGCAGUCCCAGCAUUCUCCUCAAUCCCAACAUUCUCCGCAACCCCAGCAGCUUUCACAGCCUCAGCUACAGGAGCAAACUCAAGAGCCGGAACGAACUCAGGAGCUGCAGCAACGUCAAGAUUCGCAGCGUUGUCAAACGGAGCCCGAGUUGGGUGCUGAUAAUGGCCACGACGAGCAGGUGCUGUUAGCUCCUCGUGCGGUUGAGUACGGUGGGGAGGGUGUGGCAGCCGUGGAAUGGAAUGCUGUUGGUCACCAAUGCGCGUUCAGUCGAACGAUGUGGAGGUGGAGGGGAUGGGGGGGGAGGGGCGGGGGAGGAGAGGGGGGGAGCGCGGUGGAGUGGGGAGGCGGGGGCGAGGGGGAUGAGGUUGACAGGGGGACGAGUGGGGAGAGCCUUUUGAAGGGCACGAGAGGGGAGGAAGUGAAGAAGGGAGAGGAGGGAGAGGAGGGAGAGGAGGGAGAGGAGGGGGAGGAGGGAGGGGAGGGAGAGGAGGGAGAGGAGAGAGAGGAGGGAGGGGAGGGAGAGGAGGGAGAGAAGGGAGAGGAGGGAGAGGAGAGGGGGGAGCGAAAUGCGCGUUUGGGGGAUCUAGAGGAUGGUGAGGGAGUGGAUGAUGGGAAGGGUGUGGCGGAGGAAAGGGGAGUGGUGGAUGGGGGAGGGGUAAAUGAUAAGGAGAGGGCUGAUGGCCGGGAGGGGUUGGAAGAUGGGAAGGGACUGGAGGAUGGGGAGGAGAUGAGGGAUGUUGAUAAAAUUGGAGGGAAGAACGAGGAGGGAGAGGAUGGGGGAAACUGGGAGGGUGGGAGAAUUUGGGUUGACAGAGAGGAAGGUGAGGAGAGGGGGAGAGACAGACGGAUGGACGACGAGGGAGUGUUGGGAGAUGCGAGGAGGGAAGAAAAGGAGGUCGAAGGUGGUGAGGCAGGAGGAGAGGGGAGUCAGAAAGCAGGGGAGGCUAAUGCAGAUGGGGCAGGGGGGCAGACGAGGAGGAGAGAAGAACAAGAGGGUGAAGCAGAAGGGACAGGAGGCAAGGCGAGGAGGGAGGAUCAGGGGCGGGGCGCAGGUGGGAAGGGGCGGUACUGGGGGCUGGUGAGCGUCGGUGUGCUGGCGUGGUUGAGAGAGGAGGGGACGGAGGAAGGGAGGGGGGAAGUGAGGGAGGACGUGAGGGAGGAAGUGAGGGAGGAAGUGAGGGAGGAAGUGAGGGAGGAGGGGAAGGAGGAGGUGAGACAGGAAAUGAGGGAGGAAGAGAGGGAGGAGAGGGUGGAGAGGGUGGAGAGGGAGGAGAGGGAGGAGAGGGAGGAGAGGGAGGAGAAGGAGGAGAGGGAGGAGAGGGAGGAGAAGGAGGAGAAGGAGGAGAGGGAGGAGAGGGAGGAGAGGGAGGAGAGGGAGGAGAAGGAGGAGAGGGAGGCGGAGCACGUAGCAGGUGCAGGGGGACUGGAGGAGGAUGAAGACUUGGUGGAGGAUGGGGAGGUUAGAGGGGUGACUCCCCUCACGGCAGGCAGCAGCAGCGUCAUGGCUGCAGAGUACGAGCAGCACGUGCGGAGGGACGAAGAUUCGGGCGCUUUGAAAUCCCUCCUGGCGGAAAGCAGAGCGGUGGUAACUCGUGGAGGGUGGGAAGAGGACGAGGAGGGAGGGCGUGGGUUAGGCCCUCUCCUGGCGAGCAGCAGAAUAGCCAUGAGCAGAAUGGAAGAGGCGUGGAGGGAAGGCGUGGGGGAGAGGAGUACCGGGAGUGUGGUUGUGAUUAGAAUGGAGGCGGACGGGGAGGAGGAGGAAGAAGAGGAGGGUUCAGGGGUGGUGUCCAUGCUUUGUGCGGAAGGGAAUGGGAUGGAGGAAGGAGGUGGGAGCAAAGAAGGGGUUGAGGGAGGAGAGAGAGGCGAGAGGGCUGGGGAAGGAGAAGGGGGUGGGUUGUCUGGGAGUAAACCAGACGUGAUUUCAGAGUUAGCUCAGAAGUCAUUAGAGGCCAAGGGAAGAGAGGCGGCUAAAAGGGCUGGCAAGCGAAAAGGGGAUGAAUCAGCUGGGAGUAGAGCAAAGCAGGGCAGAGGUGGUGCAGAGGAAUGGGUUGGACGGGACUUACUCGCCUCCAUGGAGGACGUCUUUAAUCGACAUAGUGCUGCUGACUGGAGCAAGGUCACCCCGCCCAUCAGCCCUGAGAAAGGCGUACACGCAAAGGAGGAAGCUGCUGGUGCAGGUGGUGGGGGUGGGCAGGAGGUGGGAGGAGGUGACGAGCAGGGCGGUUCAAGAUCAGCGCGGCUGGUCGCUGGGUUAGGAGAAGCGGCAGGUGGUGGGAGAAAAGAUUCGCUGCUUUCAGAAGUGGGGCUGCCUCAGGUGCCUCAUGAUCCAGCAGCACAAGUGCUGUUUUCCCCAGGUGAUCCUUUUGAGGCGCCUCAAAAGUAUGAUCCAGCAGCACAGGUGUUAUCCCCAGGUGAUACUUUUGAGGCGCCUCAAAAGUAUGAUCCAGCAGCACAGGUGUUAUCCCCAGGUGAUUCUUCAGGUGCAGCAGAGAGUGUGUUGGUUUCACAGAUGUCUGAGGGUCAGGUCAGAACGGACAGGCCAUAUACCUCAGGAGUUAUUCCAGGUGCAGAGGGGCUGCAGCUGAGAGGUGAUCUGAACCUAGAGAAUGUACCGAGCCUAGGGAAGGUGCCGAGCCUAGAGAAGGUGCCGAGCCUAGAGAAGGUGCCGAACCUAAAGAGAGUCCUGAGUCUCGAGAACGAGGAUGCAGCAAACCUGCCAACCUGUGAGACUGUGUCGAGUGCACAGGAAAUGCCGCGCCUACAGGAGGUGCCAAGCCUACAGGAGGUGCCGAGCCUACAAGACGUGCCGAGCCUACAAGAGAGUAACAGUCAUCAUACUCAAGGUAGUCCUGGCCGGCUGCUUUUCCUCUCUAUAAGCAGCCUCCGUUUCUCUGCUGGCGCUGCUUCUGGCUCUCGUACCAGCGCUGUUACUGGUGGUGAGAGGGACGGCGGCUCUGGUUGCAGUGGCGGCUAUGCCACUGCUGCUGGUGCUGGUGUCGGUGCUGCUGGUGCUGCUGUUGGCGGUGCCAGCUGGCGGAUUGGCGUGAACAGUGCUUCUCUGCGCCGACUCCUCUCCUCUGCUGCUUUGAAUGGCGAUGAGGGGAGGGGAAAAGAGCAAAAGGCUGAAUUGGAUAGUGUUGGGCGGAAUGCGGAAGCGAUUGGGGGAGAGGUGGGUGCAGUGAGGGCAGAAGAGGAGGGAGAAGCAGCGACGCGUGAGGCAGCAGUAGCAGUAGCGAUGAGUGCAGGAGUGGCAGGGGAAGGGGUGGGGGAAACGCAGGGGAAACGAGGAGGGGGGGGCUGGGAUGGCAGAGGCAAAGUUGAGAAGACAGGAGCAGCUGCAAAAGCAGCAGUAGCAGUGAAAUCAGCAGCAGAGGGAGAAGGGGAAGGAGAGGAAUGGAGGAUUGCUAGACAUGGGGCAGAGAAGGGAGUAGGAGCACCAUUGGCACCAGCAUCGGCUGCAGAUAUGACAUGCUGCGAGGGCUUCCCAUGGGUGAUGCUCCAUGCUAAUCGGCCACUCCUCCCUCUCCCUGCGGCACCGCACAGCCUUGGGGGCGCUGCUGCUGUGCUGCGCGUGGGGGAGAAGGGGCUGCUUGCUUCUGCCUUGGGGCGACUUUUCCAGCCGCCUAAAGACCCUUGA